GGGCCGGCUGAGGCGGCCGCGUGGUGCCCGCGGGUGGCGGGCGGAGCGGGGUCACCCUCGCUGCAGCGUUGCCGCUGAUAAGGCACCACUCCAAGGAAGGGCAGGAGCAGGCGCUGCGCAGGGCUUGAGCUACAUCCUAAAUGUUGGCAUUGUCCUCAAUCGCUACUGGCCGGCAGAACAACUGAAGUGGACAGACUUGUUUCUCUUCCUUGCCAGAGGCCAAGCGCCCAAAUGGGGUCUCUCAACACAGUGAACUUCAUUACAAGGCUUUCUGCUUUAUGUCUGAGGAAGAACAAGAUGCAACACAGGCACCAAAGUAAUAGACGACCAGCGGUUCCGCUCGGAUCACGGAUUUUAACUGAUCCUUCUAAGGUCUUUGAGCAUAACAUGUGGGACCACAUGCAAUGGUCACAAGAAGAAGAGGAGAAUGCCAAGAAAAAAGCAGCAGAGAACUCUCUUGUGAAAGUUCAGUCGGAAGACCAAGAUAAAUAUGAGAGAGAAGCCAGUAAAUACUGGAAUGAAUUUUACAAGACACAUAAAAAUAAUUUUUUUAAGGAUCGUAAUUGGCUGUUUCUGGAGUUUCCAGAAAUUCUUCCAGAAAAAAGGAGACAAGAGUUCAAAACAGAGAAAAUAUCUUCAGAACACACAAAAAUAAAUAAUGGCAACAGUUUUUCACUCAAAAAUGGAAUGUUUGAAGAAGGUGAAAAAUACUGGAAGAAAAAUUAUGGAGUUGGUUCUACUGUGCAAGGAUACAUAUAUAACGAAAGUCAAGCAAAAGCUCUUACUGACAAUCCUCAAGGUAAAAACUGUGGAGAAGAACUUGGCAAGGUAGAAUCCUUCCCUGGUUGUGAUGCCACUUACCGAAUAUUAGAGGUCGGUUGUGGAGCUGGAAACAGUGUCUUUCCUAUUCUGAAAGUUCUAUGCAAUACACCUGGAACCUUUCUGUACUGUUGUGAUUUUGCUUCAGGAGCAGUGGAGCUGGUAAAGUCACAUUCGUCCUACAAUUCAGCCUGGUGUUCCGCCUUUGUUCAUGAUGUGUGUGAUGAUGCUUUACCCUAUCCUUUUCCAGAUGAGAUCCUGGAUGUCAUUCUCCUUGUCUUUGUGCUCUCUACUAUUCAUCCUGACAGGAUGCAAGGGGUUGUAAAUAGGUUGGCUAAGCUACUGAAACCUGGAGGAAUGUUGUUAUUUCGAGAUUACGGAAGAUAUGAUACAGCUCAGCUUCGUUUUAAAAAAGGUCAUUGCUUGUCAGAAAAUUUUUAUGUAAGAGGAGAUGGAACCAGAGUGUAUUUCUUUGCCAAAGAUGAAAUAUCGAACAUGUUCAACUUGGCUGGAUUAACUGAAGUACAGAAUUUAGUUGAUCGGCGAUUACAAGUAAACAGAAAGAAAAAAGUGAAAAUGCAGCGAGUUUGGAUACAAAGCAAAUUCCAGAAGCCGUUGCUAUCUCUGCAUAAUCCUGAAGAAACCACCAAAAGGCACCCUUGUAAAUAAUUGUACUCCAGAAAUGUAGUACAGAAUUGAACUUCAGAAACCGAAGCAAAUUGAAGUAUGUAUAUUUCCAGUAAAUGUUGUGUUAGCCAGUGAAAAGUGUAAAAAAGUUCAAUAAAUGUAUUGAUCUGAAAACCUUUCUCUGACUUUCUUUUCUUUUUAAAUAUGUAUGUGUGAGAAAAAUCUGGGGGGAAAAAAGGCCAUUUCAGACUUCUACUUUAUAUGCAAUAGUCUUUUCAUAAUUGUGACCAGGCAUUAUUUUACUCCCUUGAAUAUGAGUAGUCAAUAAGUAUAAGUAUAUACCUCAAUCCUGUUAAAAUUCACAGUAUGUAAAAAGCUUUAGUCUGAAGAAUAAUUGUUGCAGAGAUUUAGAGAAAUAGAAUAUCUGUUCUCACUAUUAGUACUGGCUGCUCUAUGUUAAUUUCUGAGUCACAUCUUUUCCAACCACUGUGUCUUACAA